AUGAAUUACCUUCAAGUUUUAACUAUUGUUUCCCUGUCAACCGCCAUCUAUGCUAGUGAAUGCUACCAUGCAUUCGCUGAAAGAUCAAACCAAGAAGUCUGCAAAACUUCAGACGAUUGUAGCGACUCAUCUUCCGACUGUAUUUUCAGUGUGUCCACUGGAAAACACAUUUGUUGCGGAGUUAAAGAAGGCGCUACAUUACCUUGUAUGUCCAUAGCUUUAUUUUAGUGUUAAUUAGCGUUGCAACAAACAUAUUUAUUAUAGUCUCAUGCUCCAGAAAAUAAGCUUUAUCCUUGUUCUAAAAAAAUAUUUUAUUUUCAGCAUGUCCAUCAGGUAAACAAUUAUUCCAAAAUGGUCGAGGUCCAGCAUCGACUAUAAUCUGUGCGGCCCCUGAUGAAGAAGAUCGUUGUCCAGACGGGUUUGCUUGCGCUGAAAGUACCACUGACUUUGAGAAAAUCAACGGACAAUCAAACUAUGUUUGUUGUUCUGAAUGA